AUGAACUCUCUCCUUGCUGUUCAAUUAUGCGCUCGCAUGGCUGACAAGGAUUAUUUGCCGAUAAUGGAAUUGGAAUCGCGCUUGUUUAAUCCAGAAUCCAGGUUCCACAAGCACAGUGUUUGCACUCGAUGCAAUCCGGAGGCAAUUCGUUUUGGUACAGCCGGAACAGAGACUACAUCGCGUUUUGCGGUUAUAAUGUCUGCUUUACCUGAGUUACGUCGUUCAAUUCAAAACACGGACACAGAGGAGAGCUCUGAUCUGAAAGUUUUCGCUAGGGCUACCAUGGUUCCUCCUUUACCACUGCUAGAGGAUUUUCUCAAUCUUUUUGGCAGACUUGGUGGGUUUGAUGCGCUUCUUAAGCGCUUUUGCGACUGCAGCAAUAGGUCGCCGACACUUCGUCUUUUCUUCAACUACCUCAAACCUUUCAAACCGUGUUGUUACUACCUCACUGACGAAGUGGUAAAGGAUUACUUUUUACCCAUGAUUAACAUUGUUCUAACCUUCAUGAAGAAUUUGACGGAGGAAGACGUUCGGCAAUCGGUUCGGAGUGACCAGCGUAGCAACCAUCUGGCUGAUUUCGCUGUCAUUCAGCAUUUCUAUCAGCGUAUUCAUGGACAAAAUUACAAUGCUGAAGAGUUUGCUGAACUUCGCUUGCAGUUUAUUUUGAAAAUAAUGAGAACGGAUCUUUUUGGAGGAAAAAUGAAUGCGUUGAACGAUUUAAUAGCAAUUAUUAGCGGCAUCAAUACGAGGCCGAGUGUAUCGACAAUGCGCUAUACCUGUGCGGAGCCUGUAACGAAAGAUAGACUUGUCGGGUGGCUGAAGGAUAAUCAGGUCUUGUCGUUGUUGUUGCGUGCGAACUUGCAUCAGCCACAGUAUGUAGAAAAAGUGACUCGGGUGGUCCAGUUCCUCGUUGAGAUGCAAGAACUGACCCUAGAGGAUCUAGACGAGAUCUGGGAGGCCCAGGCUGGGAAGCAUGAGGCCAUUGUGAAGAAUGUAGAAGAUAUGCUUGCCCAUCUGGUGCAUUGCCUUAGCCCCGAACAACUUGAUCGGCUCUUCGACUGUUUCAAGAGAGCCUUUCAGACAACCACGAAACGUCAGCAAGAACGUUUAAUUGUUCUCAUCCGUCGUCUGACCAUGGAAAACCCCAAUGGGUUGGCGUCAAAAACAUUAGAGUUCUUCUGGGAUCUUGCUACAAGACCCUCCCUCUUCCCUGAAAUUGGCGCAGCUGCAGCAGAGGCGCAUAGUGGCAUUUUGACGGACGUUAUGAAGGCUACUAGAUCGGACCGACAAAAAUUGGACUGGCUCUCCAGAUUUGCGACCAUUCUCCAGGAGGAUUCCGAUGACUAUGCUUUUAUUCGUGCGGCUCGGCAGAUCAUUAAAGUGCAUCAAUCUUCGAGCUACUACAGCGAAAACCUUAUACAUCAAUUGACAGUUAACAACGAUCUCAUCACGGUUUGUAUUGACAGCCUUCGAAAUUAUAUGUACAAUUUCUCAAUCAAAAAUUCGAAAAUGGCUCAUGACACGGGCAUUGAUUCAAUAUCUUCUCAACCGCCAUCGACACCUUCAACAUUGAGUCGAGUGGAUAUUGCAACACCGGCCUCCUCCUCAUGUGCCAACACCCUAGAGCUGCCUCCACUGCAGGCUAAAAUGAGCGAUGACGGUGGAGUGAGUUCACAGUCAGGAAAGCUUCCUGAAAAUCAUUUGCAGCCUAUACCUCAUGUUGAGCAGAUUAGAGAACGGCUUGAACUAAUACAUUUCCUCGCCGCGGAAUCCGGAAUUCCUCUGACAUUGGAACAGCUGAAUCUGCUCUGGCGUUGUCUCAUUGUCGAUACUGAAGUUGAGCAAGACACCUCCUCUUGUAUGGACUCAGACUCCUCGGCUGGGUGCAGUUCCACCCACUCUUCUGCAACAGUGGAGGGUCGAAACAUCUGUUUUUCUUGGUUUAAUCCAACUACCAAUGAACUCAUUCACCCAUUCCUUGCCGAGUUCUUUCAGGAUAACAUCCUGAACAUUAAGCCGGAGCUUCUCACACCUGCGGCCAUGGACUUAUUCCGGUGUUUCUUCAAAUACGUAAACGCAAAGUUGGGACCUCGUCAGGAGGCCUCUUCGCGGUCUCAGUCAGAUUUGAUUGGGCUGGACUACCUUUGGCGCAUUCUCCUAGCGUCCAACGACAGAGUUGCCAGAAUUGCCAUUGAGAUGUUGCGAGAGCUCUACACCAGCGAUGUGGAUCCUCUCAAUGACCCACGGAAACGUCGUUUGGAUUUCCUGAAGAAAUGCUAUGACUUCCUCUCAUCAAGCUACACUAAGGUUCAUAAACUCCUUCUAACCUACGGUGUAGCCUCACCAGAUGGAAGCGUAUGUCGUCUCUUUGGUAAUCCUUCCCAAAAACUCUUCCAUACAAUGCGUGAUGCGGAGCAAGAUCUGAGCAACAUCGAUCGUGUAAUUCGGGUUCUGCGACGCUUCCUUAUUGAAUGCGAUCGACAAUUCAAAGCUCCCCGAGUGCACUUACCUCUAUUCCAGUCUUGGUCCGGUUCCUCGAUAUUUUUGACGGUGAAAUUUAGCGCUGUUAAGGAGGGCUCAGUAGAAGACUUAAAGUUACAACAGUAUGGCGCCACGACUGGACGACAGUACGAACCCAGCGCAGUGACGAUUAUAGCUCAUGCCAACGAGACCUUGGGUCGUUUGCGCUCGCGUCUGCUCAUCCACCGUUUGAACGAGGUGCUUCAUCCACUAAAUUCGUCAGCUACUAAUGCAGGAGGCGACGAGUGCACCCUUUCCUGUCCAUCCAAGAUACUUAGCGAAUUAUGUGUUGAUCUGUCUGAAGCAACCGGUCUCUCUAGCAACCUCUGUCUUUCAACUUUUCUGCUUAUGUCGUCAUCCGACUUAAGGGGGAAUUUUGACAACUCGCUUGACUCAACAACGUUUAGUGAGGAUAUGAAGUCUCUGACGUCUCUGUCGGCCUUUUUUUGCCUACCGGAUAUCAAUACACUUUUCUAUCCCAAUGGGUCAUGCAUUCCUGGCACGACGAACGUGUUCGGUUUACCUCGGGGUCCGAGAGAAUGCAGCCCCUUCUCUUCUGUGGGCAACUGCUCCAAUUCUUCUUCAAAUCGCGUGCCUCGUGCUCCUCGCGGCAGUCUUUCUCCGACUCUCACCGAUGAGGACAAUUUUCGAAUUCCUGUCAGAGAGGGAGAUGUCGGUGGCGAUUAUUCCGGCAAUGCUGGUUCCACAUCCUUUUCACCUUCUGACAGUUCUGGGACCAACCAAGAUGAUUCUGCGGAUCCGCUUUAUUAUGAUGGCAAUGGAAUUAGAAACCCACCAGCGGAACUUGGGGCAAGUGUAAACCUUACCUCUACAGCUAGAGGUGACUUUGCUGCUGAUCCUCCUCUGCCUUCAGCACCAUUUAACGAACUUUGUAAUGAACGCAAUCUUCCAGACUAUGUGAUGUCGGAGGAUCAAAAUUUUGUGCGUCUCCUCCUUGACAUCGGAAAUGUGGCUGUAUUUUUGGGCAUAAAUGAACUCUGUGACCGGACCUUUGAUGUUCUCUUCUCGUUGCCAAUAAAUUUGACAUAUCAAAGCGUCCUUUGUGAAAGCCUUCAAAGUCACGAGGGCAUUGAGAAGAUUACGGAACUUUUAAAGUGUCCUAUCUCUGAACUGAAUCUCUCCUGUGCGCCUAAUAAAGUCCUCAAUGACUUUGAAUUCCCAAGCAUUGUGCAACAGUUGUACUUUCUCCAGGUACUCUACUCUACAUUGAAUCCAAGCGUGGAAAUUAUUUUGUAUAUCAACGACGCGAUGUAUUCUCCUUGUCAUUUCACUCCCGACAGCUUUCAUCAUACGUUGGCCUUUCUGCGCAAUGGUGGAUUGAGGAGUCUCCUAUCCGCCUCCGUUUUGGAGGACGCGAAGGCUGUCACGGCGGAUCCUCUGGCGCAACUCAUCCUCCUUUGGAUCUGCCGUAUCCUCUACCUAUGCCUCUACUGUAUCAUGGCUACUUUAGUGUUCGUAUCUGGCAAUAAUACACUUUGCCUUGCCCGAAUGGAGACGCUUUGGCAAAUGAAAUCGAAUUCAGCCCCCAGCACUGGCGAUUGUAUCCUUCAGAAAUAUGCAGAAGCCUUUGCCCAUUUCGCUCUUAAUGCUGGAGUAACAAUGCCAGAGAUCCAGUCAGUGUGGUUAAGUGUCCCUUCACGCUCAUGCGAACUCUUGCGAGACGUCGUGUGGUUGGUCAGCUCUGCUCCUCCAGUCAUCCCAACUUCGUCGGCUCACUCGCAACGCAAGGCUACUAUCACCCACCCUCAUGACAGCGGAUGCACCUCGCCGAGGACCGAUGUUUUCUGUCGCCGAACGCCGCCGAGUGUGACGUGUACAUUUUCUACCACCUGUGGUCUCAAAUCAGGCCCCCUUCGAACUUUUCUCCAAAUUGGUCACCUUGAUUGCUCUGCUUUACCAGUUGAAUGUCUCCAACCUCUUUUUCCGGAGCCCCAUUACUGUCCAUCUCCGACCACCUUACCUUACAUCCUCAAUCUCCACUCCGGUCGGACACCCGGUUGUCUUUCUACAACUGCCCUUUCAACCCUCUCAUUCCUUCUUUCCUUCUCUCCUGACUCCUCGCUAGUAGAUUUUCUCUUGCACAAACUGACCCCCACCCCUGAUCACGAAAUCCUCAGGUCCUGGCUCAACUUCCUUCGUCACAUUCUCCUUCUCUCACCAUCUUCACAUUUGCGACAGACAGCUGCUUGUCUCUUGAAUAUCGUGGUGACCUGUGGCUUGAUGGCGGCCAUUUCACUCCAACCCUCCAGUGAAGCCGACGCGCCUGCAAGUACAACAGAUGUGGUGGGAUUUGUGAUUGAUUUUUUGGUAAAGACGUUAAAUGAGAGCGAAUCUGAUCAAGGCCUGUAUUUUGCUGAUUGUACAGAGGUACUUGUCGGAAUUCUGGACUUUUUACGAUCAGAAUCACUUACCCUGGACACUGCUGAAAAACUCUUUGUCAAUGAAUGGACUUGGUUGUCAAAUACGAUCACGGCUCCAUCGUUGGAUUCCGUUGGUGGAGGCAGUGUUAAGACUCCGCCUCAUCUUUCCAUCUCCAAUUUAUUUCGCUCCCAUCUGCGACUGUGUGCAUCCCUUAUACCAUUCCAAAACGGGAAACUUUUUGAAGAGUCGAGUGAGAACUUUGUUGGACUUGGUCCAGUGGAUGCCUUGCUUGAGGUGGUGCUAUUUCCAGCUGCGAAACGUUUCAAUGAACUCCACAAACAUCUCUUGUCAGGAACUCGAGAGUUAGCAAAGGAGACCACCUCAACUAGUGCUAUUGUUGAGGUAUCUAGGGUCAUCACUGCCCCGCCUGCCGGGAUUCUUAGUGCUGCCUUUGAUCUCCUUCUCAAAUUGGCACUCUUUGUACCUCGUAUCUUACUCCCCUUUCUCUCCGACAAGAUUUGCUCCCUUCUCUACUCGUUUAAUGCUCGAGCGGGUGAAUGGGAACCUCCUGAUCCUCUACCAUCUUUGAGCCGAUCCUCGAACGACAGUAGCAAACGCAACUGUCUGUCCUUCAACUUCGAUGGCCUUUGUGGCAAUCGAGGAUUUGUAGGUCUCAAAAAUGCUGGUGCUACGUGCUAUAUGAAUGCGGUACUGCAACAGUUGUUUGCCAUCGUCCCCAUCCGCAAUGCAAUUCUUUCUGCUCCCGUCUUGAACACUCUUCAGAAGGCCGGUGUCAAUACCACUUCCCUCUAUUCCCCCUACGGUCUGUCUCCGACUUCGAAGGGAGACUUCAAUGGACCUCAGCUCAGUAACCUCUGUACGCUCUUUUCGCUGCAAGAAAUGUUCGCAUUUCUGGCCUAUACGGAACGAGCGUACUAUGAGCCCAGCCUAUUCUUGAGACAUUUUAGGCUUGGUGGUGAACAAGUGAACUACUUGGAGCAGCACGAUGCUCAGGAAUUUUUCAGUUGCCUCGUAGAGCAUGUCGACGAUGCAAUGAAAAUAUGCGGGAUGCCGAAGGCCAUUGAAAAUGUCAUUGGUGGGAUCUUCGAGGAUCAAAAGAUCUGCAUUGAGUGUCCACAUAGGUACCAACAAGAGGAGUCCUUCUUGAUGAUAGACGUAGACAUCCAGAAUCGAUCGACUCUUUGUGAAUCUCUAGAGGAGUACGUGAAGAGCGACUUGCUUGAGGGUGACAAUGCCUAUCAUUGUGAGGAUUGCAACAAGAAGGUUUCUGCGCGCAAACGUAUGUGUAUUAAACGUCUCCCUCCCAUUCUUGUCAUCCACCUCAAACGCUUCAACUUCGACUGGGAACGUCACAUUGCUAUCAAAAACAACGACCGUUUCUCCUUCCCUUCCGAACUUGAUAUGGCACCGUACACAGUGGAAGGUGUAGCCAGUCGCGACCAAGGUCCGAGCGUCGGUGAAAGCAGUGGCAUAUGCGAGAGUUGUCCAGCUUCUCCAGGAGCACCGGAGACAAAAGCCCCAAGGCACUCUACACGGUACACUCUUCGCGGCGUUAUUGUGCACCACGGGCAAGCUGGUGCUGGGCAUUACUACUCUUUCAUUUUGCAUCACAAUCAUGAGACUGGAAAAUCUCAAUGGUACAAGUACGACGACACUCGCGUUACAGCGGUGAACGCUGACUCGCCUUCGUUUGAACAAAAUGAGUGGUUUGGUGGGAGGUACACGCCUGAAACUCCCUUGCGCUUUAGCUUCAGACCUUACAUUCGUUGCUAUAGUGCCUACAUGCUCUUUUACGAAAGGGAAGACUUUAAGGAAACCUCCAAUGUUUCUAACCUGUGUAACUCAAUGCAAUCUGUUGGGCUCUCUGAUGGGGCAUCAGGUAUAGUUCUAUGUCCACCUCAUAUUGCAAGUCAGAUUUACGCUCAAAAUGUGGAGCACUUCAACACAAAUAUGCUAAUGAAUCCGAUUUUUGAGAACUUCGUGUACCAACUUGUAACAGCGGAUUGUCUUAGAGUCCGUUUGGGCAAUGCUUCCGACUCAAUUAAAGCUUAUGAGGCUCUUACAAGGCUCCUUACGCAUUUCUGUUUCGAUUCACGUUUCCACACCAAGGAUAAUAAUUGGUACCUCUGGUUCCAUCCAUUCAUCAGCCUACUUCAAGCAGGUCCUUCUGUUCGGGAAAUCUUUACCAAACUGACCUGCUUUUCGUCACUGAACCAAGUUCAUGAAUUUUUCUUCAAGUGUCCAUACCCAGGGGUUCGUUAUCUUUACGGCGUUUUGCUGAUAGUGGUUGUCUGUUUGGAGAUAAGAUCGAAUCCGGACAAAUCGGUGGCUAACCAAAUAAUGCAGAAGCUGAUUGCCGAACUGCCUGAUUGCUUCACCUCCCACAGCCCGGAGUCAUUCUAUCACGAGUCUCUUUCGUACGGACCAGUCACUUCAUCCGGCACUUACUGGACUCCUUAUGCGGACGACUUUCAGCAUGGAAUGCAUCAAUCCAUCUGUGGUGGCCAGCUUCUUGCUCUCUUACUCGAUUAUGCUCAUUUGGACCCCUUGUUUACGGAGCAUUUGGCACGACUUGGUCUUCACACUAAGCUCAUACAUUAUUUGAUUGGCAGGUUGCCCAACACAUCGAUCUCGUGCCGCCCUUUGACUCUCACCUCUAGCCAUUUAGCCAGCGAUGAGCAAAUCAAGCGUUACGUGGAUGAUCUUAAUAAAUCUAUUGGUGUCGACUUUGCACACCAAGUUGCCUUCUCCAGUCGUUUGUUAGUGAUCUAUGAUCUGGCUCGAAAACAAAUAGAUGAAAACGGUCUCUCAAUCCCCUUCCUUCCUCCAAAUGGAUCACCGGCCUUUGUAUCUGCCGCGAGCUUCAAGCCACGUCUCUUCCACCUCUCCCUCUCUGCAACUGUACAUCUAUCUCCCAUAAAUCAUUUUAUGAAUUUGCUCGUUCGUCUCUUUUCACACUCUGAACUCGAAGAAUCCUCUCUGAAUCUCUCGAACAUGCUGGAGGGCAUCGAUUUUGACAGAUUUAUUCAGGUGAUCUUUACCUACUGUCUAAACCAAGGAAGUGUGGUAAUGAUCGCUCAGCUUAUUAAGAUUCUCACGAAGGGUAAUACUUAUCGCUCCAGAAUUGUAAUUGACGAGUUAAUGCGUAUCAUCUUCCCGUCUCAUUUAUCUCCCCAAAUGAAAUUGGCCUCAGAGCUGGCGACUCCAGUCUUCAUGGAGGCUCUCUCCGUUCCCGACUCUCUUCAGGAGCAUCGACUAUCCUAUGCAUUCCAAAGUACGUUUUCAAAUUCCUUUCCCCUACCCAACUGCAAAAGAAUCUACGAUGUACUUACCUUGACCAAACGAUCAAACCCUAAAAUUUGGAAUGAUCUGGGCAUGAACAUGUUAUGCGCUUUGGGCAGCAUGGUGAUCAACUUCGACGCAUUUCGAGAAUAUUUUGAAUUCCAGCGCCACAUCGGUUUGUACUUCCGCAAGAUCAUAAAUGAUGUCACCAAGGUGGAGUACCAACAAGUCCUUGAGCCGAAUGAGUACUAUGACAUAUUAAAUCAGACCAAAGAAGUUCUUCCAGUUCCUAGGUCUGAUGAUGAAGAGGUGGAUGAUGAGGAAGAAGAGGAGGAGGAGGAGGAAGAAGAGAAUGAUGAAGAGGAAGAGGAGGAAGGCGAGGGAGACUUUGAAAACAAUGGCGUGGAUGGUAUGAAUGUUGGGCGGGAUAAUGAUGAAAUUGAAUCCUGUAGCGACGAUACUGAAGUGGACUGA